UCUACGGGAAAAGGGUCUCAUUUCCACAAGAGCGAAGCAGCACUUGCAAGCAUAUUCUGAACCCUGAAGAGAAGAAGCGCCGAUGUUAAUGGGACGAUAUAGGCUCCGAUUCACUUCUGGGACUGACUACUUUGUAAUAAUGAUGGUAAUUUAUUUGUCCUGCUUUGUCUUUAUAGUGAAUGUUGCAGAAGCUGUGUCAAUCCAAGACGAAUGCAAGGUGAAUAGGUGCAAACAUCAUGAGCCACUCGUCCGAUUCCCUUUCCGAUUACAAGGCCUCCAGCCGCCCCACUGUGGCUAUCCUGACCCUGGGUUUCAACUAUCCUGCUCAGAAAACAACGAAACCGCGCUGAAACUGCCACGUUCAAUGAAGUUGCUGGUGAAGCACAUAGAUUAUAAAGCACAGCGGAUUCACUUGUAUGAUCCCAGUCGUUGCCUCUGGCGGCAGCUUGUACAUCUCAACUUAUCCUCAUUUCCAUUCAUGUUCGAAGAGCCAAGCUAUCCGUUGGCAUUCUACUAUUUGUUCAACUGUUCAAGCAAUGAUGAGUCUUUGUAUGACAACCGUAUAGUCCGUUGCUUAAGCACCCCUGGCUCCCAAAUUAUAGCUUUUGAAUCUGAUGUUGGCUAUGUAUAUAAUAACAUCCUGUUAAAUUGCAGCAACAUUGGCAACUUCUCUACAGUAAUUCCUCCAACACUUAUCGAUUUUCAGUUAGUUUGGUACAGACCAUACUGUGUUGAUUGUGAAAAGGAAGGCAGGGGAUGCAGACUGAAGAACAAUAGCACAAAGGAUCAAACCGAGUGUUUUGAUAUCCCCAGGCAUCAUAUAGGUGCACGACAAAAGCUAAUGGUUGCAGGUGUAGUCUUAGGUUGUUUCAUUCUUGCAACGAUUGUCAUUGGAGUUGGCUGGACACUUCACUUGGACAAAAGAGAGAAAGAAAGUCAACUCAAGAUUGAAAAGUUUUUGGAAGAUUAUAGAUCACUUAAACCCUCAAGAUACUCUUAUGCUGAUAUUAAAAGGAUAACCAAUCAUUUCAAGGACAAACUGGGACAAGGAGGUUAUGGAACUGUCUUCAAAGGUAGACUUUCCAAUGAUGUUUUAGUUGCUGUUAAGGUCCUCAAUAAUUUCAAGGGAAAUGGUGAAGAAUUCAUCAACGAAGUGGGUUCGAUGGGUAGAAUCCACCAUGUCAAUGUGACUCGCUUGGUUGGGUUUUGUGCUGACGGAUAUGAACGAGCUCUUGUUUAUGAAUACCUACCAAAUGAGUCAUUAGAGAAGUUCAUAUUCGCAGCCAAGGGCGAUAAUCGUUCCCUUAGUUGGGAGAAGCUUCAUGAUAUUGCUCUUGGUGUAGCCAAAGGUAUCGAAUACCUGCAUCAAGGUUGCGAGCAACGAAUCCUCCAUUUUGAUAUCAAACCCCACAAUAUUUUGCUAGACCACAACUUCAAUCCUAAGAUCUCUGACUUUGGCCUAGCUAAAUUAUGUUCCAAGGAACAAAGUGCUAUUUCUAUGACAACAGCCAGAGGAACCAUGGGCUACAUUGCACCUGAGGUAUUGUCUCGGAACUUUGGAAAUGUCUCGUACAAGUCAGAUGUUUACAGUUUUGGAAUGCUAUUGCUUGAAAUGGUUGGAGGAAGAAAAAAUAUAGAUGUGACGGUGGAGAAUACAAGCCAAGUGUACUUCCCAGAAUGGGCCUAUAAUUGUUUGGAUAAAGGAGAGGAGAUGGGGAUCAGAAUUGAAGAUGAAGAGCAAACAGGAAUAGCAAAGAAACUCACAAUCGUUGGACUUUGGUGCAUUCAGUGGUAUCCCGUAGAUCGUCCUCCAAUGAAAGCUGUGGUUCAAAUGUUAGAAGGAGAAUCGAACGUUCUUACAUUGCCACCAAAUCCUUUCGCCUCUGCGGAUCAAACGAAGAUGGGUGCCACCAUGUCUAGGAAGCCUGUUAAUAUAGAGCUUGCCACUAUUUCUGAAUUAGAAUAAAAGCAAUCUAAAGCUGCAUAAUUAUUAGCAAGACUUGAAAUAAUCUAUUAAUUAGUUGACAUCUAUGACUUAUCAUGUUCAUCAGUGUAAUAAAUCCACUUAAGGUUUGUUACUACUUAGUUAGUUGCCUUAUUACUUCAUAGCUCUAAAUUAAAGGUAUUCGUUAAUCAAAAGUGGCAA